UCGCGUCGCAGGUUGUGGUGGAGUGAAUCGUAAUGUAAAUGCGAAUUUUCCUCCGUCUGAGAAGCACACGUCGUAGUCGUCCGUCGCCUGUUGUGGAUUUUCCCUGUACGCAAACUGAAGAAUCAGGAAAAUAAUUUUCCAACCCCCCCUGCGUGGGUGGCAGACGACCCGCUGCUCCCAGAAAAAGAAAACCGAUUUUCGGCUGAUUAGUCGAAGUUGGAAGUGAAAUUUCGUAGCUGCUGUGUGCUAGUGUGAGAAAAGUGCUUACUACCAGGAAGAGAAAGAAAAUCUUGAUUCCAUAUUGUGAAAUUUGUGCUGCUCGUUCCUCCGGAGAGCGGAAGACAGCCGACAGAAGAAGCUGGAUAAUGGUUCAGAAUAGGAAAUUAUCCGCAGUGCUAGUGAUUGUCCUUAACUGUUUCGUAUUUCUCGCUAAUGGCUUCACGCUGCAGAAAGGUUCGUCCCCCGCUGGGGCCAUAAUCGAGAACGAAAGUUUUCUCCAGAAUCCGCACUAUGAGUCCAACGAUGAGCUGCAGGAUCUGCUGGCACGGCUCCAGAAGAACCAUCCAUCCAUGGUGAAAGUGCACAUAGUCGGAUCUUCACUGGAGAACCGCCCGCUGUUGGCCGUGGAAAUCAGACCAAAUAUCGAUCGACCGAGGCCACUGCUGAUGCCAAUGUUUAAGUACGUGGCCAACAUGCACGGUGACGAAACUGUCGGUCGUGAGCUGCUGAUCUACUUGACGCAGUAUUUGGUCAACAAUUACGAACAGGAUCCAGAGAUUGGGGCGCUGGUCAACAGUACCGCCAUCUUCCUGAUGCCAAGCAUGAAUCCGGAUGGCUUCCAGCGGUCCAAGGAAGGCAACUGCGAAUCACUGCCCAACUACAUGGGACGGUACAACGCAGCCAAAGUCGAUCUGAACCGAGAUUUCCCGGACCGCCUAGACAAUGAGCGGAUACGGCAUUUGCGCCGCAACCGCUAUCAGCCGGAAACCGUGGCCGUCAUGAACUGGAUCCGGAGCAAUCCGUUUGUGCUGUCGGCGAACCUUCACGGUGGAGCCGUGGUGGCCAGCUAUCCGUUCGACAACUCGAUUUCGCACCACGAUUGCUGCGAGGACAGCCCAUCUCCGGAUAACCACUUCUUCAAGUACGCUUCGCUGGUAUACGCCCAGAAUCAUCCGGUCAUGAAGGACGGUAAGGACUGCAACGAAACAUUCAAAGACGGCAUCACCAACGGGGCGUACUGGUACGAGCUGAACGGCGGCAUGCAGGACUUCAACUACGUGUUCAGCAAUUGCUUCGAAAUUACACUGGAACUGAGCUGCUGCAAGUACCCGAAGGCGAGCGAAAUGCCCAAGGAAUGGCACAAGAACAAGCGCUCGCUGAUCGAGUACAUCAAGCUGACCCAUGUUGGCGUUAGGGGACUCGUUACCGAUAGCAAUGGAUCUCCUAUCAAGGAUGCCGAAAUCAUUGUAGAUGGAAUUACCGAGAAUAUACGUACGACCGAGCGGGGAGAGUACUGGCGUCUGCUGGUACCAGGCAACUACAAGAUUCGUGUUGAAACCGUCGGAUUCUACCCGAGCCAGGAGGUCCCGAUCACGAUCAUCGCCGAGCAACCGCUGCGCGUCAACUUUAGCCUCAAGUCGUACGACGCCGACGAGGGUGACGGUAAAGUUGCAGAUAAGACCAUGCAUCCUCGAGUGGUGCGACAGCAACCGGAUCAGUAUGGAUUCCUACAGAGACCCAAGUUCGAACAUCACAACUUCACUGCCAUGGAGACUAUGAUUCACGACCUGGCCGGUAACUAUCCCUCGAUCACCCGUCUCUAUUCCAUCGGCAAGAGCGUCCAGCAGCGCGAUCUAUGGGUGAUGGAAAUCACCCGCACCCCGGGUCGACACAUUCCCGGCAAACCGGAAGUCAAAUACAUUGCCAACAUGCACGGUAACGAAGUGGUCGGUCGGGAAUUGCUGCUCUUGCUCGCCAAGUAUCUCUGCGAGAACUACAACCGCACGGAACGGGUCACCAAGCUAGUCAACAACACCCGGCUUCAUCUGCUGUUCAGCAUGAAUCCGGAUGGGUAUGAAAUUUCCGAAAUCGAAGACAAAGACAACCUGAAGGGCCGGGCCAAUGCGAACAAUGUGGAUUUGAACCGAAACUUUCCGGAUCAGUUCGGCCGGAACCACUACGACUUGAAGCAGGAACCGGAGACACAUGCCGUUAUGAACUGGUCGUUGUCGAUUCCGUUCGUCCUGUCGGCGAACUUGCACGGCGGUGCACUGGUGGCGAACUAUCCGUUCGACGAUUCGCCGAAGGACUUUGCCUACUCGAACGGCUACGGCAAUCCACGGACCGUUUACAACCCCACGGAGGAGGACGAGAUGUUCAAGUACCUGGCGCAUACGUAUGCUAAUGCCCACACAACAAUGCACCUCGGAAAACCGUGUCCCACCUACAUAAAGGAAAGCUUCACCGACGGAAUCACCAACGGCGCUGCUUGGUACUCCGUUACCGGUGGCAUGCAAGAUUGGUCCUACAUCGUCGGCGGUGCCUACGAACUGACGCUCGAGGUCGGUUGCGACAAGUUCCCCAAGGCUGAAGAGCUGCCCAAUUUCUGGAUGCAGAAUCGUGAAGCACUGCUGCGAUACGUGGAACAGGCACAGCACGCUAUCUACGGCACGGUAAAGAGCACGAUCGGACAUCCGAUCGCCCAUGCCACGGUCCAAGUGAACAACAUCCAGCAUGUCACGUUUAGCACCGAGGAAGGAGACUUCUAUAGGAUUCUGCUGCCGGGGUUGUACAACGUCACGGCCGAUGCUUCUGGCUACGAGCCUCAGGUUAUGCAGGUUCGCAUUCCUCCGGAGGCAACCUCGCCAGUUCUGGUUGAUUUCCUGCUAAUGCGAGACGAUCCACAGCACUGGUCAUCGGCGUACGACUAUCGUACAUUGGAGAAUGUGGUGAGAACGCGUUACCACAGCGACGCGGAGUUGCAUCAGAUUAUGAGCGAGUUUGAGAACAAAAAUUACAAAACCGCUUCGCUGGAGUUUGGAGACAACGAAGUGGACAUGGCAUACCCAUCGGUGAAGAUGACCGACAAUAUUGGAACUCCCGAGGAAACCAAGCUACACAUUCUCGUCCUAUCGUCUCUGUUCCAAAGUACGACCAUCGGUCGCGAGAUUGUCAUCAACCUGGCUCGACACGUCCUGGCCGGGUACAAAAUUCCCGAACCAUCUCUGCUUAAACUGAUGAAGAAUGUAGUGAUUCACUUUGUGCCCAUCAAGAUUGACUCGGAGCAGCUGUUGGAACAGUUCCACGCGAACAGAAGUGUGUGUGAUCCGGUCGUCAAAGAGGAACUGGCCGAUAAAUUACUGAGUGCGGAAACCGAUCAUCAGAAGGACAUGCUUCUGAGGAUGCUACAGGACGAGGAGUAUGAUCUGGCGCUGAACUUUGCUGCUGGUGGAAAUGAUGUAUUCUACCCAAACACGGACGACAAGGUGGCUAUCUAUCCUCGGUUCGCUGAGAAAAUCAAAGGUCACAAAUAUACUGUAGUGUCCAACGCGCAGUGUCCGGAAUCUACCGCCCGCCUCCAUCAAGCGGAUGCCAUCCAGCGUCUAACCAAUCAGUUACACAGCCUCUACAAGGUGCCUCUGUUCACUAUGCAGCUGGGAUGUUGCAAAAUGCCGCAGGAAGCUGAGAUUGCCACCGUGUGGCGUCAGCACCUUGAACGGAUGACCAACUUCCUGCGACUAAUCGAUACCGGCAUCAAAGGUUACGUGCGGGAUACCAAGGGCAAAGCCUUGCGGAAAGCAAUCCUCAAAGUUCGAGGCAACAACCUCAUCUAUAAGGUCACUCCCAAUUUAGCACACUUCCGCGUGGUCCUUCCCUCCGGGUCGAUGGAAAUCGAAUUCAGUUGCCUAAAUUACACCUCGAGAAUAAUGUCCAUCACGUUGAACCAGGAUCAAAUUCUGGACAUGGGCGACGUCGUCAUGCAAGAGUCGGCUAGACCCAUGGGUGAAGGUAGCGUAGAGCCACUUCAUCCGAAACAACCCACCGUAUCCACCGUGAAACCCGAACGGCACGACAGUUUCUCAGUGCUGGAACCGCGUGAAAAAAUGAAAAUCUUCCCCAUGGAUGGGGGAGAACCCAUUGGGAGAAUCUCAGGUUUGAUUCUGGACGAAUCCAACCACCCACUUGCAAACUCGAAGGUGUACAUCCAAAACCAAAUUGCCAAUCUUAGUACAUUUACGGAUUACCUCGGCAAAUUCCAGCUCGACGGUGUCAAGCAAACAGAUAUUACACUACAUGCAAAGGUCUCCGGGUACACAGCCGAUCAACGUACCCUUCACCUCGAUCCCUCAACUGGAGGUGAUCUAUACGGUGUGAUAUUCCAUCUGAAGCGGGAUGAACGGGUUCUCGGAAUGCCCCGAUUGGUGUUCGUCAUGCUGGCUGGUUGUGUCUCGGUUGCCAUAAUUGCCUGCGGUGUGGUGUGCUUUAUGUACAUCCAAUCCCGUAGGAGAAACUCUCGCUACUACUACAGCUUCUCAAUGCUGCCCCAGAAAGGUGAACAGUCAAAGCGCCUCUUCGAGGACGACGAGGAGGAUGGCGAGACGGAACUGUUCCGAGCGCCGACCAAGAAACUCCAACCUUACUACGAUGACGAACGGGAUCCGCUCACCGAUACCGAGGACGACAGCGAGGAAGAAGUUGUGAUGCUCAACUCUUCGUUCCGAAGCUAGACGUGUCUGAUAGAAGUUAACUACAAAUCGCCCUUUAAGUUUGAAUUAAGUUUAAAUAGCUAAUCUCUACAAUACGAACAUAUUGCCUUUUACGUUCACGUUCUACGUUAAAGUUCAAAUCGAAUCAUUCCAAUCUCGUAUUACUGGUAUUUCUACUUAUUCCGGUGUGUCAAUUAGAGCAGACUGUUUUCAAAAUUUUGCUGCUAUGUCUUGUGCAAUUACAAUUAACUGAACUGAAUAUUCCUGUACCGCAUAGGCACAAUGAAAUGAUAAAUGUGAUAACUGUUGAGAGAGAGAAAAAUGCACAAUUAUAGAUUGAUUGGGAAUAAUUGAGAGAUCAGUUAUCUGCUGAUUAUUGAUGAUUAAAUUGUUAUCCUACGACGUGCUCUCCUACGAUUGAUAGACCGUACCCUCUAGGUUGGUACUUAUUGUUUAAAACAAAUGAAACAAUCAUUUCAGAAGAGCAAACAAGAAACGUUAGGAGUUGUUUUUGUAUGACACGCUCUUCAACGGGAUCUUUUUGUAAUAAAUGUAUGUUGUAAGAAAUUAAA